AUGUCGGCUACACCUCAGGAAGUGCUACAGCAGACGGGGCUCGUGGACUGGCUGGUGUUCAGCGAGUUGAUCGCGAUCAUGGACGAGGACGAGGACGGGUUGGCCCUCCUGUUGUUUCAGGAGUUCGUCACUCAGUUUGAGGAGACACUGGUCGAGAUCGAUGCCAACUUGAAACAGGGGCGCCUCGACGAGUUGCUGAAACUCGGCCACUACAUCAAGGGGCUGGCGGCGGCGCUCGGCCUCGUCAAAAUCUCCCACCAGUGUGAGCGCAUCCAGAAUUACGGCAAUAAGCACAAUUUCGACCACGCGCGUGUGGUGCAAGGGAAAGUGAUUGCCCCCGAAAGUGGAGACGGCGAUGGCGCCGCCGGCGACGGCACCAGCGCUACUAGUGGUGCGAAUAGCGUCAGCGACGGCGCGAAUAGCGCUGAUGGCGCCGAUGGCGCCCUGGGCACUCAGGGUGCCGCGGGUGCCAGCGCUGACGGCGACGGCGACGGCGACGAUCUUAGCGACGGCGACUACCUCGCCCUCGUCGGCGACGCCACCGCGCGGGCUAAAGAGGCGUUCGCGGCGCUGCGCACGGCGUUGUCGGCGUACUUUGGCGAGGAAUUGUAA